AUGGCUAUGCCCCAAAACCUCAAACCCACUAUCACACCAUUCCUAACCUCCCCUUCAGUUUCAUUCAAAACCCAGAACAGCUCACUCUUCUUUGGCACAAUUACUUCAACAAGUGACAACUACAGAACCCAAACACCACCAUUUUCAUUCAAAACUCGCACUAACUCACAAUUCUUCAGCACCAGAAGACUGUUCCUCCCUUCAGUUUCUGGCAUCUGGGAUGCCUUAACUAGCGGUAACAAUGCCCGUGAAGCCGUUUCCGCGAUUCGACAUGGAAUGGUACUCUUUAGGCAGGGUGAUGUUUCAGGGUCUGUAGCAGAAUUUGAUAAGGCAGUUGAGUUGGAUCCUCGCCAACAGGCAUAUCUUUGGCAAAGGGGGCUAUCGCUUUACUAUCUCGAUAGGUUUGAAGAAGGGGCAGAGCAGUUCCGAUUAGAUGUUGCCCAGAAUCCAAAUGAUACAGAGGAGUCCAUUUGGUGCUUUCUAUGUGAAGCUCAAUUAUAUGGGACUAGUGAAGCAAGGGAACGAUUUCUUGAGGUUGGCCAAGAUCCGAGACCUGUUAUGCGAAACGCCUAUAACAUGUUUAAAGAUGGUGGUGAUCCGGAAAAGCUUGUUGCAGCAUUUUCGAAAAGCCGAGAGAGUGAUUACUUCUAUGCUUCUUUAUAUGCUGGGCUUUAUUAUGAAAGUCAGAAGAAAACUGAUGCAGCCGAACUUCAUAUCGUUGCUGCAUAUCAGUCUCCUUAUGGACAAAGAUCUGAUGACUACAUGGCUUCUCUAGCCAAAGUUCAUUGUCUUUGUCGAAAGUGGAGUUUGAAUUGA